AUGGUGAACGCCAAAGACGUCGUGUCCCACCCCCUGCGCGCGAUCGACGCGAUCGGAUACCCGUUCGUUCGCGUCGCGCACAGCCGGAAGGUGAUGAAGGGCGAGGACAAGUCGUUCGCGUCGCCCGACGUGGUGUGGACGCCGGCGCGCGUCGACGGCGACGGCGCCGAGGGGUGUUCGGCGUCGCCGCCGCCGUCGUCGUGCCACUUCAGCGUGUUCGGCUUGUUCGACGGCCACGGCGGCAAGGCUGCCGCGGAGCACUGCGCGGAGACGCUCGUGCCGUGCAUCCUCGACGCGCUGGACGCGCGCGGACCGAUCGCGCGCGACGACGACGCCGAGGACGCGCUCGAGGAACGCCUCCCCGCCGCGCUCGUGGACGCGUUCGCGGCGUCGGACGCCCAAUUCUUGCUCAAAGACAUCCACAGCGGCGCGACGGCGACGAUCGUGUGCGUGAACGGGCGGUGCGUCACGUCCGCGGCGGUCGGGGACUCGCUCGCGACGAUCGACACGGGAUCGCAUCAUCAACGUAACAGCACCAAGUCAUCGGGCGGCGCGUCGUCGGCGUCGAGGCUGACGCCCGAACACAGACUCGACACGUCCGCGAGCGAGCGAAACCGCAUCGAGGCCGCGGGCGGGGAGGUCCGCGCGACCGCGUUCGAGGAAGGGAAGCCGGUCGGGCCGCUGCGGGUGUGGCCGGGGGGGCUCGCGGUGUCGCGAUCGAUGGGCGACCGCGACGGGAAGAAGGGAGGCGCGUUCUAUCUCACACCGCCGGGGUUUCGCAUCGUCCUCGCGAGCGACGGGCUGUGGGAUGCGGUCACCGUGAAGCAGGCGUCGAGUUGCGGCGCGAAGAUCGGGACGCAGGCCGCGGCCGCGGCGUUGUGUAAGCUCGCGCAGAAGCAGAAGGACAACAGAGACGACAUCACCGUCGUGGUGUGCGAUUUUCUCGCCGACGCGUCGCACCGCGACCCGUUCCAAGCCAAGCCGCCGUGGCGGACGGAGUUGGACGUCCGAUGGCCGUUCGGGAAGAAAAAGUACGAUCCGUCGCCGCCACCGUCGACGCGGCGCGCGGCGCGGAUGGCGGCGGAGCGCGCGGAGGCGGACGCGAUCGCGGCGGCGCGCGAGGCGCGCGUCGCGGCGGAGACGGAGGAGGCGGCGAGAGCGGCGGCGAGAGCGGCGACGGUGGCGGAGCUGGAGCGGUACGAGCGCGAGAGAGAGUCGGCGAGGGACGGCGGGGGAGGGUGGGAGGAACAACAACAGCACGGGUUUCACGACCAGCAACAGAUGCAGCAGCGGAUGCAGACGCAGUAUGAACACCACCACCGGACGCAUCACCAACAGACGCACCACCCGCAGAUGCGGCAACCGCAGAUGCAACAGCACUCGCCGCAGCAGGUGGCGUACCUCGCGCAGCAUCACGAGAUGGCGGCUCGGAUGCGACAGCAGCACGAGCAACAGAUGCAGCAACAGGAGAUGCUCGCGAAUUUGCAGCGGCAGCGGAUGGCGCAGCAGGGGCAGUACUCGACGCGCGGACCCGGUCCGUUUUCGUUUUCGCCGCCGUCGUCGUCGCCGCCGCCGCCGCGUCCGCAUCCGCAUCCGCCUUCCUCAUCGAACGGGGUCGCGCGCGAGCUCGACGCCCCGGCAGCGGGCGCGGGCGUGGGCGCGAAGACGAAGCCGAAGCGAAAAGGCAAGCGCGAGCGCGCGCAGGAGCGCGCGCGGCUCAUCGCGGAGAGCGGCGGCGGGACGUCGUGA